AAUGCAUUCUGGGAUGUAGCAUGAAACACAAUGGCGGCGAAACUGAAUCAUUUGCAACUUUUUGUGGUCUAUUAUUCGCUCAUAGCAAUAUUGCUACAAAUUAGUCUAACGUUUGCUACAGAGUUAAAGUGGGACGACAAUGGCUACAUUUUAUAUUGUCCUUGCAUGGGUAAUUGUAUCAACUUUAAUUGGAAGCAUUGUAACGUUAGCUACUCGGGUGUCAUGAUGAUGUCUGAUAUGUAACGUUAGCCCGGCUAUGGUUUCUUACAGUUCAUUUAUUCACGCAGAUGUUAUGUAUUUAUGCUAUCUAGAUUUGUAUUUUCCAAAUAUAAAUCUCGUGUUUAAAAUUCGUUGCUAAUGGGACCCAUUUCGUUACUCAGGUCGAUUUGGAAACCAAGCCGACCACUUUCUGGGUUCGUUGGCAUUCGCCAAAAUGCUGAAUCGAACACUGGCAGUUCCCCCCUUCAUAGUGUACCGCCACCACGCGCCUCCAUACUCAAAUGUAAGUGCAUGAAUCAAUGUUUCCUGGUGUUGAUCUCACCAGUCCCUUUCUUUUAAAUCCACGAAGUGAACAAGAGCACACUUUGGGAGAAAGGACAGAGACUUGGGACGCAGGGAUGAUCACAUCUCACACUCACAGCUGUCUCUCCCUUUCAACAGGUACAUGUCCCCUACAGUGAUUUUUUCCAGCUGGAGGCCCUGACCCACUACCACCGUGUGGUAAGCCUGGAGGACUUCAUGAAGCAUCUUGCCCCAACACACUGGCCCAAGGGACGGAGGGCAGCCUACUGCUUUGAGUCAGCUGCCCAGAGGAGUGUGGACAAGAAGUCCUGCCCCAUGAAGGUGAGUGUUGUGAUUGAGGUUCAGAGAGUUGGAGAAACUGAGACCGUUGUUCAGGUAUUGAGCCUGGUUAGUGAAAGAAAAAACGUUGAAACUGGUCAGAGAUUAUUUAAAAGCCAGGUCCUGGAACAUAGGCCACAGCUUUGGCUCUAUUGUCUUUUAUAUAAUUAAAUUACUUAUAUAAGAAAUGUAUUGAUUUAGUGUUGUUCAUGCAAAUGGAAAGAAUGCCAUGGCAGAGCAAAACACUGCCCCCUGAUGGAAUGUUACUAUAACUGUAUUUUACAUUAAAAUCUUUUCCUUAUCAUCUAUUUCUCAUGUUUACCACCAAGUGGUGAAAACAGUUAGAUCUGGUAUAAACGUCUUGUAAAGCCUUGCUCAUGGUGUGUUAUGAACCAUCACAUGCUCUCAUUAUCAGGACGGGAAUCCUUUUGGUCCGUUUUGGGAUCACGUAGGAGUGGAGUUUGACAGGUCUGUCCUGUUUGACGGCUUGUCCUUCAGUUCCUACCACCAACCUCAUUGGCUCAACAAGUAAGUCUUUGUGCUUUACUGUUAGUGAAACAUAAGCAUGAUUUUUGCUCAACUUACUGGCGAUAUAACAGCAGAAUAAAUAAACCUCUUAUUAACAUAACCAAUGUAUUAAAUUAAAUGUAGUUUUACAAGGACAGCGCCCAUUAAUGAGCAUCACUGUAGAAGUGCCAGUUUUAGCCAGCGGGCUACUUUUCAGUCCCAAUUUCCUUCCCCCUCUCUCGUCCUCCCUGGUCAGGUUCCCUCCAUUAGAGCACCCUGUCCUGGCCCUGCCAGGUGCCCCAGCUCAGUUCCCUGUGAUAGAGGAAUAUGUGGGUCUGCAGCGGUAUGUAGUGUGGGCGGAAGGGAUGGUGCAGGAGGGACAGGAACACAUCGCUGCUCUGCUGCCCAGGCCAUACGUGGCCAUACACCUGAGGAUCGGCUCUGAUUGGGUGAGCUGGGAACACACACACACACACAUACUCGACAGAAUAAAAAAAAUUAUGAGUUAUUGACAUUUUCAAUACAUUUUGUCCUGCCCUGACCCCCAUUCUGUUUCUCUGUUGUCUUCCCCGAUUUAAUGGUCCUUGUAGGUAAAUGCCUGUAAGCUGCUCCAGAGUGGGGAUGCUGGGCCUCACUUCAUGGCCUCUCCUCAGUGUGUGGGUUAUAAUCACCAGACUGCCUUGCCCCUCACCAUGACCAUGUGCCUCCCUGACCUGGCUGAGAUCCGCCGGGCCCUCAAGCUCUGGGUCAAGAAAACCUCUGCCCGCUCCGUUUAUAUCGCCACAGACUCAGAGUCCCACCUCGCUGAGAUCCAAAAACUCUUCAAGGAUAAGGUGAGCUUUGAUUGAUUGAUUGAUUGAUUUUAUUUGUCAGUUAAAUAUAUAUAUACACACACAGUGCAUUCGGAAAGUAUUCAGACUCCUUGACUUUUUCCACAUUUUGUUACGUUACAGCCUUAUUCUAAAAUGGAUUAAAUAAAACAUGUAUCUCAUCAAUCUACACACAAUACCCCAUAAUGACAAGGCAAAAACAGGUUUUUAUAAAUUUUUGCAAAUGUAUUAAAAAAUAAAAACAGAAAUACCUUAUUUACAUAAGUAUUCAGACCCUUCGAAAUUCGAAAUUGAGCUCAGGUGCAUCCUGUUUCUAUUGAUCAUCCUUAAGAUGUUUCUACAACUUGGAGUCCACCUGUGGUAAAUUCAAUUGAUUGGACAUGAUUUGGAAAGGCACACAUCUGUCUAUAUAAGGUCCCACAGUUGUCAGAGCAAAAACCAAGCCAUGAGGUCGAAGGAAUUGUCCGUAGAGCACCGAGACAGGAUUGUGUCGAGUCACAGAUCUGGGGAAGGGUACCCAAACAUUUCAGCAGCAUUGAGGGUCCCCAAGAACAGUGGCCUCUAUCAUUCUUAAAUGGAAGAAGUUUGGAACCACCAAGACUCUUCCUUGAGCUGGCCGCCCGGCCAAACUGAGCAAUCGGGGGAGAAGGGCCUUGGUCAGGGAGGUGACCAAGAACCCGAUGGUAAAUCUGUCAGAGCUCCAGAGUUCCUCUGUGAUGGGAGAAACCUCCAGAAGGACAACCAUCUCUGCAGCACUCCACCAAUCAGGCCUUUAUGGUAGAGUGGCCAGACACAAGCCACUCCUCAGUAAAAGGCACAUGACAGCCCGCUUGGAGUUUGACAGAAGGCACCUAAAGACUCUCAGACCAUGAGAAAAAAGAUUCUCUGGUCUGAUGAAACAAAGACUGAACAUUUUGCCCUGAAUGCCAAGCGCCACGUCUGGAGGAAAUCUGGCACCAUACCUACUGUAAAGCAUGGUGGUGGCAGCAUCAUGCUGUGGGGAUGUUUUUCAGUGGCAGUGACUGGGAGACUAGUCAGGAUCGAGGGAAAGAUGAACGGAGCAAAGUACAGAGAGAUCCUUGAUGAAAUCCUGCUCCAGAGAGGCCUCAGACUGUCUAUGAAUGUCCUUGAGUGGCCCAGCCAGAGCCCGGACUUGAACCCGAUCGAACAUCUCUGGAGAGCCCUGAAAAUAGCUGUGCAGCGCCGCUCCCCAUCCAACCUGACAGAGCUUGAGAGGAUCUGCAGAGAACAAUGGGAGAAACUCCCCAAAUACAGGUGUGCCAAGCUUGUAGCCUCAUACCCAAGAAGACUUGAGGCUGUAAUCUCUGCCAAAGGUGUUUCAACAAAGUACUGAGUAAAGGGUCUGAAUAAUUAUGUAAAAGUCAUAUUUCCCUUUUCUUUUUUUUUAUGUGCAAAAAUGUCUAAAAACCUGUUUUUGCUUUGUCAUUAUGGGGUAUUGUGUGUAGAUUGAUGAGGAACUAUUUAAUACAUUUUAGAAUAAGACUGUAACGUAACAAAAUGUGGAAAAAGUCAACGGGGUCUGAAUACUUUCCUGAAUACACUGUAUAUACACAUACAGUACACCCGUUUUUCACACGUGUUACGCAGUUGGUAAACAUGCUUUGUUUGUAUACUGCAUGUUCAGUGUAUCGUUGUUGAUUUGUCUGUCCAUGCCCAGGUGAAGGUGGUGAGCCUGAAGCCGGACUCUGCCCAGAUGGACCUGUACAUCCUAAGCCAAGCUGACCACUUCGUUGGGAAUUGUGUGUCCUCGUUCUCAGCUUUUGUCAAACGAGACCGGGAUGUUCACGCCCGCCCGUCCUCUUUCUUCGGAAUGGACUAUGCUGGAAAAAUGAACAAGAAAGACGAGCUGUGAAGAUUUUUCCCUUCCUGGGUAGUCUAUUCCGAAGAAAGACGACAAAUGGCUUUUAGAAUGGCUUUUUAAUCUUGGGUUAGGACUUGGACAUUGCAUUGUGGGAAUGUGAUCUUGUACUCCCUACUCAUUAUAUUACACUUUUUUUGGGGGGGGGUGUAAACUCUGAUCGCCGUUCGCGGUGAAUAAAUUAACACUCCCUAUACUUUCAAUGCAUUUUUUCAGCAAAAGGUGGGUAAACCCUCGCGCAAAAUAUAAAAUUGCGUUAACUACGUUUACCUGUGUUUAGCCUCCACUACACCACUGC